AUGAUAAUCAAAAUAUAUGUGGAAAAAUAUAUAUUCAAAGUCGUGGCUCUACUAGUAAUGCAACAUCUCAUUUAAGAAAUUGGCAUAGAAUUACUAAAGAUGAUAAAAUUAAUAAGUCAGAUAAUUUAGAACAAGAUGUAAUAGUGCACAAUCGUCAAUAUUUAAAAGAAAAACAACAAGAAUUACGCCAAUUUCUUGUUGUUUGGAUAAUAGAUGAUGUUCAAGCAAUUAAUAUUGUUAAUAAUUCAAAAUUUCACCAAUUUAUUUUUUAA